GAAUUAUUAUUAUUUUUUUAAUAUUAUGCAACAUAGAUCAAUCAAACGUUUCGGCAAUCAGCCUUCAGUGAAUCGAUGAAUAAAAACUGUUAUGUUAAAGUGUGAUCUGCGCAGAGUUUUGUAGUCAGUAAAUAGCAAUUUAAAAAUUUAUUAGCGUCCUUCAAAUUGAUUCUAAAAAAAUCACAUCGUUGCGCAAAAGCCAUUUAUACCAGUAAUAUACGGCCCUCAGUCUAAACGGAGAGUAAGUUAGUUCCAGCUGUUGGAUUAUCAGUUAGUGUGAUGGAGGGGCGGAGUCAUCAGGGACAAGUGAAAGUGAAACUGAAGCAGGAUUGUUCUCCUUUCGAUCUCUACGAACUCUCCUAUCAACAUUUUGUUAAUAUCAUAAUCUAUAAAAUAUCAAUAAUUUAUUCAGACACUCUUGUGAACACGGCAAUGUUCAGUUAAAGUGUCUGUGUCUCCUCAGAGAUGAAGUUCAUUUGUUUGACUCUCCUGCUUGUUAGGGCAAUAACAGAUUCAAGAUCAGAGCAGUAUGAAGUAGUGGGACCUGCAGAUCCUGUUCUUGCUGUAGCUGGUGAAGAUGUGAUUCUGCCCUGUUCAGUCAAACCCAACAUCAGUGCUGUGGACAUGAGAGUGGAGUGGUUUAGACUCGAUCUGAAAGACUCACAACUAGUGCAUCUCUAUGAGGAUCAUGAAGACAGAAACACAGAUCAGAUUCAGUCCUACAGAGGGAGAACAAAACUAAAUCCUCAAGAACUACAGAGAGGAAACGCUUCACUCAAACUCUCAUCAAUCCGAGUCUCUGAUGAAGGACAUUAUAAGUGUUUUAUUCAGUCCAAAUCCUGGUAUGAUGAUGCCACUGUUGAUGUCAAAGUUGAAGCUGUAGGAAGUCCUCCAGUGAUCACUGUAGAUGGGUUUGAUCGUUCAGGAGGGCUUCAUCUACUGUGUGAAUCUGAAGGUUGGUAUCCUGAACCUGAUCUUGAGUGGCUGGACAGUGAAGGAGUCAGUUUGAGUUCAGGAACUACAGAGACACACAGAAACACAGAAGGAUUCAGCCUGAAACACACCGUCACUGUAUAUCACACUGGCAAGAUUCACUGCAGAGUCAAAAUGAAGCAUCACAUGUUGGAGACACUGAUCGACACCUCAAAUAAUAGGUUUAUUUCUUGGAGGACAUCAGUCAUCAUGAGUUCAGUUUUUGUUGUGCUCAGCGUGAUUGCUGGAUUACUGAUCGCUGCGUUUGCUCAUAAACACAGAGAACACAUUCAACUACGGGAUGAGAAGAACAGAAUACAAGAUGAGAAGAACAGAGUUGAGAUUGAGAAGAACAGAAUUGAGAAUGAUAAGACCAUAAUACAAGAUGAGAAGAACAGAAUUGAGAAUGAGAAGAACAACAUUGAGAAUGAGAUGGACAGAAUACAACAUGAAUUUUCUUUAGAACGUGAUCAACUUUUACGAAGUCUGAAGACGAUUAUAACACAAGCUCUCACUCAUUUAAGAAGAUACAGAGUGAAUGUGAUUCUGGAUGCUGAUUCAGCUCAUCCUCAACUCGUCGUGUCUCACGGUGGGAAACAAGUGAGAGAUGGACAGAGAUGGAAAGGAGUGGAUGGGAAAGACAGGUUUAGUAAUUAUCUUGUUGUUCUUGGGAAGAACGGAUUCUCCUCAGGGAGUUUUUACUUCGAGGUUCAGGUGAAGAAUCAGACUAUGUGGGAUUUAGGAGUGGCCAGAGAAUCCUGUAACAGGAAGAGCUGGAUCAGUCUGAGUCCUGAGUAUGGAUACUGGACUGUGAGUCUGAGUGAUGGGAUGUAUUGGGCUCGUGAUUCUCCACCUGUCCUUCUUCCUCUGACAGUGAAUCCUCAGAGGGUCGGGGUGUUUGUGGAUUAUGAGAAGGGUCUCGUCUCUUUUUAUGAGGUGGAGUCCAUGUCUCAUAUCUACUCUUUCACUGAUCAGUCUUUCACUGGGAAACUCUAUCCAUUUGUUUGUUUGGGGUAUAAGAGGAAUGAAAACUCCACACCACUGAUCAUCUGUGAUUAAUGAGAUCAGUGAAUGAAUUUACAUGAUCAGGUGAAAUAAAAGGAAACACAAUAAAAAGUGUAACAGCAAUAAAUAUUAAAUAUUAUUUACACUGUCAGUCAGAAAUGUGAACACAAAAGAGUGUCACGUGUUCACCAUCACUCAGUGUUCACAGUCACAUGAUCACUGAUCAUCAGCGCCUCUUCAUCUCCUCUAUAAGAUCACACACCUCACAGUCACAUGAUCACCGAUCAUCAGCGCCUCUUCAUCUCCUCUAUAAGAUCACACUCCUCACAGUCACAUGAUCACCGAUCAUCAGCGCCUCUUCAUCUCCUCUAUAAGAUCACACUCCUCACAGUCACUCUUCCUCUGGCUCGACUGUGGAUUCAGACUGUUACCUGUGAUGAAACUCACCUGAAUGAUUGUCACCUGUGAUUACCUGUGAUACUCAAUGAUGUUCCUGUGACACUCCAGAGAUCUUCUUGUGAUUUUUUCCAAUUUUCUUGCGUUCUCCAACUUGCUUGAGUCUGGUUUGUCCUGACAGGGUCAUUUUAUGUUUCCUGUGAUCUUAAAAACAUUUUGAUUUAAAGACUUCUGCUUAAAUGACUGAAAUAACUUUUGUGAAUAAAUAUAAAUUAUGUUUAAAUAUUCAUGUGAAUUUCUUAACAAGAUAAAGGCUUUACUUGAUCAUGAAUAAUGUUUAGAUCUGGAGCAGAUGAUGAAUGAAGAGCAUCAUGAAGUGAUCGUACAGUAACUGUUCCUCCUUCAACAAACUCAAAUAUAAGACAUUUUCAUUUGUGUAACAUGUUUUGCUCACUGCAUCAUUCCCACAAUGCCAUUUGUGUUAUUUCAUAGUUUUCAUGACUUUACUAAUAUGUGGAUAUAAAGAAUCAGUUUGUGUCCAAACUUUGAUGAGAUUCUGGAAACAGAUGAAUAUGAGUUUAAGUUUAUUCAUGCAGUAAUAUAUUCAUAAGUGUUCAUUUACAUAUAUUCUUUAUUUUCAUUUUUUAUUAUUAAUUUAAUAUUAUUUGAUUUUGUCUUAAGGAAAUAGUUCACCAAAAAGAAAAUUUCUUUCCAACCCUGUUUGUAUUUUUCUAUGAAUCAAAAUGUUGAUGUUUUCAGUCUUUGUGUUUCUCACAGUUGAUUUUUACUGUCAAACUCUCAUCAGGACUAAAUGAGUAUCUUUGUGUUCUGAGACGAUUAUAUACAAGGAAACAUUUACAGCCCUGAGGAAUGCUGGAUAACAGGUUUGAAUGAAAGAUUUAGCCUGUUCCAGUGAGAUCUGAGUGCUUUAAUGAACAACAAUUAAAAUCUACUGACAUCCUUCAAAUGUAUUAUAAAUAAUCACAUCACAUCCUCCACAGAAGAACCAGUCAAAGCCUGAAGACACUCGUCCACAAAGACAAUGAUAAAACUUUACUUGUAAAUAAAUAUGAAGAAACCCG